CAAUUUGAGGGAACAGUGAAGGUAUACGUGAGCGGGGGGUCAAAUAUCUUCACCGAAGCCGAGUCCGCCGUUGUGUUGUGUGCUUCCGAUCGCCUUAACGAGGUCUGCGGGAUUGUGUUUAUGCUAUUGCGAUUGAAGAAGGACGCUCAAUUGCAGUAGAUUGAGAGUGCUCUCAAUUUUUAUGGUGCAGUAUCGACCUCACUAGAGGCGAGGUUUGUCAGAAGAAGAGGCGCAUUGUUGGAUCUGGUGCCAUCGCGAGUGUAAGAGGAAUUGCUCGGUGUUUGUUAAAACUGGAAUGAUUUCGUGCUGCUCAGCUUCUUCUUUCGUUCAGGCCGUGGCGUGGACGCUUUGAAGUGCUCUGUAUUCGGUACAUUUCCUUUUUGCUUCCGGAUAAAGCUACAUACAAACUUGGGGCUGAUGAGUAAACAAUUGUUAUGUUAGCGGGUCAAGAGGUUACUCAGAAAGAAUCACGAGGUACUUGAUUGAAAGAAGACUGAGAGGUGGAAGGCAGUCAAUCAUCAUGCAGGACAAAGUCAACAUUGCUGCGACAAAAGGCGGCAAAGCUCUCAUGGGGCUAAUUCAUAAGGCGAAACAUUCUCCUGAGGAACACAGGACUACCGAAACCCCAAAUGACACCGAGGGGGAUUCUGAUGAACUUAAUGCAAGUUCGCCUAAGACGAGCAUGGAGAGGAAGGAAAAGCUUGUCAACAAGUUGAAACGAGGUUUGAAAGGCAAAGCGAAAAACAAGGACGCUGAGAUCAGAUCACAACUUCUCAAUGAGAAGCAGAACGAAAUAUCGCCUCGUUUGCGAUCUGCUGAUUCAAUAAAAUUAGCAUAUGGGCAUAAACCUAACACGGACACUGCGAGUAUUGCUGCCAUGAACAAAGAUAAGUUGAUUGAGCGCCAAGAAAAGCUCCAGGCCUUAGAUAAGCAGUCUGAAGAAUUGGCAGAAGGAGCUGGAGAUUUUGCAUCCAUAGCCGAGGAGUUGGCUAAGAGGGCUGAAAAUAAGAAAUGGUUCAAACUAUAGCAUUGGCUUGGCUCUUGCAGCCUCGUUGUUGACAUUCGAUGCCCAUUGUUUGUUGGUCGGCAGGCGUGUUGUAAGUAGAUCAUUUGCUCAGUGGGCCAACUGGUGUUUAGAUAUUAUAUCUCAUAAUGAAAGCAGCGACUUUAGUAAUUUAUUUCAAAGCAA